AACAACUUAUCUUAUCCAUGCUCUUCUUGCUACGAUUCUCUCAUCCAAAAUGAUUUUCCUUCCUGUCCAAACUCACUCACUUUCAUUCCCAUUUCACUUUCCUUGUAAUUUUCAUGACCAGCAACAAUGCAACACAAGAAUAAGCAUCACGCUUCCCAACCACACUUUCUCAUCCCCACGCUCCUCUCGUUUCCUUCCUCUUCAUCGCCCUGCCACUCGCCAUUUUAAGGUGAUGGCAAAUGCGAGGAAAGAAAACAAGGUUUUGGAAGCUGGUGAAGUUGAAUUACUUAUGGCCACUUGCAUAACUCGCACUCUUUCACCUGCAUUGACGCUUGAGCAUGGUCUCGAUCAAAUCGACAACGCUAUUCGCCAUUUGAAGUCCAAUCCUCCUUUUACUACGAUUGGAAUGUACAGGUUUGAGGUAAAUCGGGUUCUGGUGUCUCCCAGUACAAGAGCUUUGAAUUGGUUUUCUUCUCAACCUGAAUCAUCUACGAUAUAUCCUCAAUUUUUUAUGUCCAAUGAGAUUGAAAACUCCACAAGUGUGUCAUUUCGUUUGGAUACAAUCCGAGGGGUUUUUGGAAUAGGCACAGCGGUUUCCUUUAAGGGAUCUUAUUCUUCUGCCUCAGCUCAUUGUGCCUCUUUUAAAAGUUAUUUUUCAGAUUAUUCAACACUCGUUGCGGCUUAUGGGUAUAUGGAUCUGAGGUCUGAUCCUGGGUUCUAUGGGACAGGUUUAUCAUAUUUUUUCGUUCCUCAGCUUGAAUUAAUUGAGCUCGAUGGGAUUUCUAUUUUAUCUAUGACACUUGCGUGGAAUGAUUCUUCCCUUUGUAAGUUCAAGGAGGCUGUUGAAGCUAAUGAGUUAUCACUGUACCAGGCCAGAGAUUAUUUAUGGCCCAGAACAGGGGAAAGCGACAAGAAAUUUAUCAACUCGACUCUUACAAGACCUGAAGUGCUUACAAAUGACAAUGCUCAGAUGGUGGCCCUGAAUGCUUUGUCUGUGUCUGAAAGGGAUCUUAUGCAUGAUCCCACCGAAAUGAAAAAUGGUGCCCACUCUCAUCAAUUCACUGUUCGAUUUUCUCCUACUAUUACUAUUUCUUGCAACAUGUAUCCAUCAAAUUAUGUUGCUAAAACGAGUAAUGCUUUCCAAGACUAUGCGAACAUCAAUACCUUGUGGGCGUCCCUUAUUAUUGAAGAAUGUUCACGACUUGGUUUAACGUACUUUUGCGUAGCUCCUGGAUCACGAUCAUCUCCGCUGGCCCUUGCUGCUUCUGCUCACCCGCUUACAAAUUGUACUGUAUGCUAUGAUGAGAGAUCACUUGCAUUUCACGCUAUUGGUUAUUCAAAAGGUUCUCAUAUACCAGCAGUAGUAAUUACAUCAUCAGGAACGGCAGUUUCUAAUCUUCUUCCUGCUGUGAGUUCUAUAGCUAUUAUGGAGUAUUUUGUCUUAUUUGUUGUGGAGGCGAGUCAAGAUUAUGUGCCACUUCUAUUACUCACAGCUGAUCGUCCUCCAGAGCUUCAAGAUGCUGGGGCAAAUCAAUCAAUUAAUCAGGUUAACCAUUUUGCUCCGUUUGUGAGGCACUUCUAUGGUCUUCCAGUACCUACAGAUAUUAUACCUGCAAGGAUGGUACUUACUUCAGUUGACUCGGCAGUAUAUUGGGCAACUUCUUCGCCUUGUGGUCCAGUUCAUAUAAAUUGUCCUUUUAGGGAACCACUGGACAGUAGUCCAAAAAAUUGGAUGCUGAGUUGUUUGAAAGGAUUGAAUUCUUGGAUGAUGAGUGCUGACCCAUUUACUAACUACGUAAAUAUACAACAUACGUUUCCAUCGAAUGAGGCACAUGGCUCUCUGAGAGAAAUUGUAAAUAUUAUGAAAGGAGCCAAAAGAGGUGUUUUGGUACUAGGCGCCAUCUCUUCAGAGGAUGACAUAUGGGCUGCACUUCUUCUGGCCAAACACCUUCUUUGGCCCGUUGUAGCUGAUAUCUUGUCAGGUUUACGAAUGAGGAUGUAUACGAGUUCAUUUUCUGAAAUACGAGGGAAUUUUGUUUUUGUUGAUCAUCUUGAUCAUACCCUACUAUCAGAUGCAGUCCGGGAUUGGGCACAGGCUGAUGUUUUUGUUCAGAUUGGAAGCAGGAUUACGAGCAAGCGCAUUUCACAAAUGCUAGAAGAUUGCUUCCCAUGCUCAUAUAUACUAGUUGACAAGCAUCCAAAUCGUCAUGAUCCUUCACACAUUGUAACACAUAGGAUCCAAUGUACUGCUGCUCAGUUUGCUGAUCAUGUGCUUAAAGCUUCAAUAAAUGGGAUCAGCAGUAACUGGACUAGUUUUCUCUGUGCAUUAGACACAAUGGUUUCUCGGGAAAUUUCAUUUUUAAUUCAUCAGGAGCAGUCAUUGACGGAACCCUAUAUUGCACAUGUUAUUCUUGAAGCUCUUAACUGUGGAUCAGCAGUGUUUGUUGGAAACAGCAUGCCUAUACGUGACGCGGACAUGUAUGGAUCUAACUGGACAAAUUGCACACAUAGUAAUGACAUUCUAUUAAGCUCAGGAUUGCCGUGUCAUGGGAUACGAGUGUCUGGAAAUAGGGGAGCUAGUGGUAUUGAUGGUUUGCUUAGCACUGCUGUUGGAUUUGCUGUGGGAUGUAAAAAAAGAGUGCUUUGUGUGAUUGGAGAUGUUUCUUUUCUGCAUGAUACAAAUGGAUUAGCACUACUGAAACAAAGGAUACCCCGGAAACCAAUCACAAUACUGGUGAUAAACAACCAUGGUGGUGCAAUUUUCAGCUUCCUUCCUGUUGCGGCAACAACAGAGAAGAGAGUACUAGAGCAGUUUUUCUACACUUCUCAUGAUGUGUCAAUUCAGAACUUGUGCUUGGCACAUGGCAUAAAACACGUGCAUGUUAACAGAAAAGUGGAUCUGCAAGAUGCUUUAAUUAGUGCUCAACACGAAGCCCUUGAUAGUGUAAUAGAAGUUGAAAGUUGUAUAGAAGGAAACACAUCCUUUCACAGCUGUUUGAAAAAAUUUGCAAGUCAUGCAGCAGAUCACUCUUUCAAUGUCCUAACAAAACUUUCACUCUCCAAUUCAGCCUUAAGAGGAUCUACCUAUUGUACAAUUCAGAAGUUGGAGUAUUCCUUGUAUAGAAUUAGGCUAUGUGCUCCACCUACUUCAGCUCGUGUUACUCGUGACAGUACUACAUUUUACAGAGAAGGAUUUGUUUUAGCUUUGUUUCUUAAAGAUGGAAAUGCUGGUUUUGGCGAGGUUGCACCUCUUGAAAUUCACAAAGAAAAUCUGCUAGAUGUGGAAGAGCAACUUCGAUUUCUUAUGCAUGUCAUCAAAGGAGUUAAUAUUGAAUUUAUGCUUCCCCUUUUAAAUGGCUCGUUUUCUUCUUGGAUAUGGAACAACUUAGGGAUUCCGCCAGGUUAUAUUUUUCCAAGUGUUCGAUGUGGUCUGGAGAUGGCAAUACUCAAUGCCAUUGCAGCUACAGAAGGUUCUAGUUUGUUAAAUAUACUCCAGCCACUGACAGAGAGUGAAAAACAAACGUCUGCAGUACCACCAAAUGUGAGAAUAUGUGCUCUUCUUGAUGUGAAAGGAACUCCCUCGGAGGUGGCUUAUGUUGCUGGCACACUUGUCAAAGAAGGAUUUACUGCAAUAAAGCUAAAAGUUGCACGGAGAGCAGACCCUACUGAAGAUGCUGAUGUCAUAAAGGAAGUAAGAAAGAUAGUUGGAAGCCAAAUUCAACUGCGUGCUGAUGCAAAUCGAAAGUGGAUCUACGAAGAUGCAAUACGUUUUGGUUCUUCUGUUAAGGACUGUGACCUGCAAUAUAUAGAGGAGCCUGUUAGGGAUGGAGAUGAUAUAGUUAGAUUUUGUGAAGAGACUGGUUUACCUGUAGCACUUGACGAAACCAUCGAUAACAUUCAGGGAAAUCCUCUCAAAACUCUUGAGAAGUUCAGUCAUGCUGGAAUAGUUGCCAUUGUUAUCAAACCAAGUGUUGUCGGAGGAUUUGAAAAUGCAGCAUUGAUUGCAAGAUGGGCUCAGCAGCAGGGGAAGAUGGCUGUUGUCAGUGCUGCAUUUGAAAGUGGCCUUGGUUUGUCAGCCUAUAUACAAUUUUCUUGCUAUCUCGAUUUGAAAAGUGCAGAAAUAUAUAGACUGAUGAAUAAGGAAGCACCAGUACCUGUAGCACAUGGUCUUGGAACUUAUCGUUGGUUAACACAAGAUGUGAUUACAGAGCCUUUAAGUAUAACUCGUAAUCCUUUUAAUGGCUUCAUGGAAGCCUCUUCUGCAGAUGCUGGCCGACUCUUGCGAAAUAUUCGACUUGAUCAGAAUUAUAUCGUCAGUAGGAACUCUGAGGAGAAAGUUCGUCCUUACCAGUUACAAGUUCACUCAAAGGGUUUCUCCAUGUCCAUUAAUGUGCAUGAGAUUGGAAAAGAUACUAAUGAAAAUGUCGUCGUGUUUCUUCAUGGCUUCCUCGGAACUAGUGAGGAAUGGAUUCCUGUCAUGGAGGCCAUCUCAGGAUUUUCAAGAUGCAUUGCGUUUGACCUACCUGGACAUGGAAAAUCAAAGAUUGAAGUUGACACUGUUACUGAACCUGCAAAAGAACAUAUUUUCUCAAUUGAGGCAGUGUCAGAUAUUAUUUGCGAGUUGCUUUCUUCUAUCAACGCACCCAAAGUAACUUUAGUUGGUUACUCAAUGGGGGCAAGGGUUGCUCUAUACAUGGCCCUAAGAUGCGUUGAUAUGGUUGAAGGAGCUGUUGUAAUAUCUGGAAGCCCUGGGUUGAAAGAUGAGCCUGCUAGAAAUAUUCGUAGGAUGAAAGAUGAUUCCAGGGCUUGUUCGCUUACUUCAUAUGGUUUAAAAUGCUUUCUAGACACUUGGUAUGCAGGAGACCUGUGGAAUAGCUUAAGAUGCCAUCCGAAUUUUAAGGCGAUAGUCACCAGUCGCAUGAGACACAAUGAUGUUCAUGGUCUUGCAAAAGUGCUUUCUGAUUUAAGUGUUGGAAGACAACCACCUUUGUGGGAAGACCUGAAACACUGCAAAUCACCACUUCUGUUGAUUGUGGGUGAAAAAGAUGAUAAAUUUAAGCGACUUGCUCAAGAGAUGUGUUCUACAAUCAGUCAAGAAUCUAGGGGCAACAGGAAGUCCACAACUUGUGAAACAGUAGAAAUCCCGGGUUGCGGGCAUGCUGUCCAUUUAGAAAAUCCUCUUCCAGUUGUUAAAGCAAUUAGAAGCUUUCUAACGAAUAAAAGAGUCUGAUCAGGUCUUAUUUCCUUACCAAAAGAAGAAGAGAUAUAUGACUCGUAACUGUAAUUCUUAUACCAAGUGGUUUUGAUUUGAAGGAAAUACUGAGUUUCAGUGUGACAUUAAACUAUUUUUCAUAGGCAUGCACAAUUUGACUGGUAUAAA